AUGGAAUGGAACGGAACACUGGUGCUCGGUCUUGGCGGCUACGUGGAGAUUGAAAAGUACAGAUAUGUUUAUUUGAUGUUUUUCAUGGCACUCUAUGUUGUAAUUCUCUGCUGUAAUUGCGUCAUAAUUUGUGUUAUUUGGAUUCACAGGAACCUUCAUGAGCCCAUGUACAUUUUCAUUGCCUCUUUGUCUCUCAACUCGCUUGUGUUCAGCACUGCGAUCUACCCCAAACUGAUUGUGGACGUCUUGUCUCAGCGGCAGAGCGUUUCUUAUACAGGCUGUUUGGUCCAGACUUUUUUUUUUUACAGUCUAGCUAGUUCCGAUUUAAUGUUGUUGUCAGCCAUGGCUUACGACAGGUACGUGUCCAUCUGCAGGCCACUGCAAUAUGCAACCAUUAUGGGCAUGACCACUGUCAGACUUUUUUUGGCUUUGGCCUGGUUUUGGUCCACCUGUCACCUUUUGGUGGCAAUUAUCAUUCAGUCCAAACAAAAAAUAUGUCAUUUUAAUUUGGAUGGAAUUUUUUGCAAUACUACAAUGAUUAAGAUUCAUUGUACAACACCAAUGUACCUAUCUGUGUGGACGUUAUUUAGUCUAAUUAACAUUGGUCUUAUUCCUGUGCUGUUCAUCCUCUUCACGUACAUAAAGAUAUUUAUUGUAAUCUAUCAUAGCCAUGGAGAAGUCCGGAAAAAAGCAGUAGAUAUGUGUUUGCCUCACCUGAUUGUUUUAAUCACCUUCUCAUGUUUGGUUUUCUUUGACAUUGCCAUCGGGCUACUGGAGUCGGUGCUUCCAAAAACUGUGCGACUGAUUAUGAGUCUCCAAAUAGUGGUGUACAGUCCUCUGUUUAAUCCAAUCAUUUACGGCUUGAAGAUGAAAGAAAUCUGGAAACCAAUCAAGAGAUUGUUCUGUUGCAAUUAUGAUUAA